AUGGGGGACUCCCACGCCCCAAAUGGCGCAACUUUCCGCUCCGCCCGCUCCGCCGAAGCUCCCUCUUCCGCGCCGGCGCUUCCGCCUGUCCCCGCGUGCGCCAUCGCCGGCCUCCGCGGAUCGCGCCCGCUCGGUCUUGCGGAAUCAGCAGCAAGGCGUGGUGAUUCUCCGCUGAUACCUUGCGCAACUGGCGCAAAGCGGGGAGUGAACGCGCUUGCGCGGGAAAGCACGAGAUCUACCGCGGAUCUUCGUGUCGCCAGCUGGAAGCACAGCGGCAGCCGAGGUCUGCACGUGGCAGCAGGUGAUUGGCGGGAUGGCGGGAACGUGGAGGUGGGACAGCCGACGCAUGAGAGCCACCCGGAGCUGCUCGGCCCCAAUGACAUCCUGCCAGGUGUCACCGCGUCAGAGUUCGCCGCCCGGCGCAGGGCAGUGAUGGCCAGGCUGCCACGUGGCAGCGUGCUAGUGGUGGGCGCGGCUCCAGUGCGGUAUAUGGCCGGCAUAGUGCCGUUCCCCUACCGCCCGGACUCAGAUCUGAUUUACCUCACAGGGUGCUGGCACCCGGGUGUGGUGGCUGUGAUUGAAAGCGAUGGGGGGAGAGGGGGAGUGAGUGGGGGGAGUGGUGCUGCGGAUGGGGGGAGCGGUGGUGCUGGUGUGGGAAAUAGUGCUGCUGGUGGGGGGAGUGGGGGAGUGAGUGGGGAGAUGGGGGAUGGAGGAGGGGGAGGGGGAGGAGAUGUGCAUUUCACGUUAUACUCCCAACCAGUUGUCCCAAGCUGCCAUGCUCUGUUCGUCCACCCACCCUGUUCUUCCCUUCCAUCCAAUCGCCCGCAGAUGGUGGUGUGGGACGGCAGGGCAUUGGACCCUCCUGCUGCCGCGGCCUUCUUCAAACCGGACCGAGCCCUGUUUACGGAUUCUCUCAACGAGUACCUUCUUGAAGCCCAGCAACGCAUCGCAGCACACCGACUCUCCUCUUCUUCCUCCCUCCCCUCCUCUUACUCCUCCGACCGCUCUCCACCUCCUCGUAUCUACUGUGACCAUCGGGCCAAUCGCGAUCUGAUUGCUACAGUGCCGGUUCUCGCCGCUGAGCUGGCAACCGGGCGGCUGCUGUCGUCCCGUAGUGCUCUGGACGAGCAGCGGUGGAUCAAAUCCGAGGCGGAACAGCGGCUCAUGCGACGGGCGGCUGAGAUCACAGCAGAGGCCUUUCUGACAGCUAUGAGGCAUUCAGCUGCCGUGGCAGUGGCAGGAGGAAGAGGGGGAGCAGGAGGAGGAGGAGGAGGGCCUGGUUUUGCUUCCACCUGCGAAGAAGACCACAUGGGAGGGUCGUUGCCACACGAGGGGCACAUUUCUGUGUUGAUCGAGUUUGAGUGCAAGCGACGAGGAGCACAGCGAUUUGCCUACCCUCCAGUGGUGGCAGGCGGCAGCAGCGGCUGCAUCGUUCACUACCUGCGCAACGACAAGCCCGUGCAACCAGGGGAGGCGCUACUGGUGGAUGCGGGGUGUGAGUACUUUGGCUAUGCCUCCGACAUCACACGCGUGUGGCCGCCCUUUGGGAAAUUCUCCUCCGCUCAGAGAGCAGUGUACGAGGCGGUGCGGGAGGCGAUGGUGGAGUGCAUUGCCAUGUGCCGGCCUGGGGCCACUCUGAGGGACAUUCACCAACACUCGGUGAUAUCCCUCUCCUCGGCUCUGGUGCAGCUGGGAGUGUGCCAGGGCCCAGCGCAGCAGGUGGCGAGAGGAGCAUUCCGGCAGUUUUACCCGACCUCAGUUGGGCACUGGUUGGGGCUGGACACACACGACUGUGCCUCGGUCUCCUCCUUUGAGAAGCUCAAGCCUGGUGUGGUACUGACAAUCGAGCCAGGCCUCUAUCUCCCAGACAUUGACCAAGUGCCAAAGCAUCUGCGUGGCAUAGGUGUGCGGAUAGAGGAUGACAUUUUGGUCACGGCUGACGGUUACGAGAAUUUGACAGCAGCAGUGCCAGCCGAUGUGGAUGCCCUAGAGGAAUUGAUGGCUGAAGCCAAGGAGAGACUGUCGGCAUAA